AUGGGGACCGCGACAGAACCCAAUCCCUUACCUCCGGCCGAUCACGAUGUCUCUGGGAAAACAAGUGCCACCGAUCUGGAUCCCGAGAAACAGUCGGUCGAGUCUCCUGCAGAGGAUGCAAAGGCGCAAGCCCGGGAAAUCGCCGGCUGGCAGUGGUUCAUUGUCGUGCUGGCCAUCUACAGUUCCCAAUUCCUCUUCGCCCUCGACAACACCAUCGUCGCCAACGUGCAACCCGUCAUCGUUGGACAUUUCAAGUCCAUUGAGAAGCUCCCGUGGGUCAGCGUGGCAUUCCUCAUCGGGGCGGCAGGGACGAAUCUGGUCUGGGGUAAAGUAUACGGCCAAUUCAACGCGAAGUGGACGUACAUCCUCUCGGUCUUCGUCUUCGAAGUCGGGUCCGCGGUCUGCGGCGCGGCGCCCUCUAUGGACGCAUUGAUCAUCGGCCGUGCGAUCUGCGGUGUCUCUGGGUCUGGCAUGUAUGUUGGCCUCAUGACUCUCCUGGCGUCCACCACCACCAUCCAGGAGCGUCCCAUGUACGUUGGCGGAGCCGGAUUCAUCUGGGGCGUGGGCACCGUCCUCGGUCCUAUAAUCGGGGGUGCGUUCACGGACUCGUCUGCGGGCUGGCGGUGGGCGUUUUACAUCAACCUAUGCGUCGGCGCCGUCUGUGCCCCAGUCUACCUCUUCAUGCUUCCAAACAAGGACCCCCGCCCCGGCGUCAGCCAGAGAGACCGUGCUCGUGAAAUGGACUAUGUGGGGGGGAUCCUCACGAUCGGCGCCAUGGUCUCGGGCGUCAUGGCCGUGUCCUUCGGUGGCGUGAUAUACGCAUGGAACUCGGGGCGGAUUAUCGGGCUCUUCUGCUGCUCUGGCGUGCUCUUCAUCCUUCUUGGCCUGCAGCAGGUCUUCACCAUCUUCACCACCGUCUCCCGUCGCGUCCUGCCCGUGGAGUUCUUCCAGAGCCGUACGGUCUUGAUUCUGUUCGCUUGCACGGCGGCCGGCGGCACCUGCAUCUUCGUCCCAGUGUACAUGGCCCCGAUUUAUUUCCAAUUCACCCGAGGCGACUCGACCCUCCAAUCCGGUGUGCGUCUUCUGCCUUUCAUCAUCCUCAUGAUCGUGGCGGUCAUAGCCAACGGGGCCCUCCUCUCCUCCUUCGGGCUGUACAUGCCCUGGUACCUCGCCGGAGGAAUCCUGGUGGUUAUUGGCGGCGCGCUGAUGUACACGGUGGGACUCGACACGUCCGUUGCACACGUAUACGGAUACACCGUGCUCAUCGGCAUCGGAGUCGGCUUCUUUUCGCAAGCAUCCUUCUCCGUCGCCCAGGCUACCGUGGCCCCUGACAUGGUGGCUGCCGCGGUCGGGUUCAUCUCCCUUGCGCAGAUCACUGGAAUCACCCUGGCACUGGCGAUCGCCAACGCCGUGUUUCUCAACGAAAGCGAGAGGAGCAUUCAAGCCAUCUUGCCGGAUAUAGGAGCUGAGCAGAUCCGACAGACCAUCUCGGGAACGCAGUCGGCCUUUUUCAUGGAUCUAGCGUCGGAUGUUCGGGAGCAGGUGUUGCGAGCGAUUGUCGACGCCCAGAGCAAGUCGUAUAUCUUGGUGAUCACGGCCGGGGCUUUGGUGACUGUUCUGAGUCUUCUGAUGAAGCGAGAGAAAUUGUUUCUUGCUCCUAGCGGAGGGCCAUGA